UAUCAUCUCGUGGUCGGGGAUGCAUCCAUGGAAGUUUCACCUCCUCUUGAUGGGACCCCGUGCAAUUUUAGGCGCAAGGCCAAACGACGAACACGGGGCAUCACAAGAGCGGAUUUGGAGGAAAAGUGGCAAGCCAAGGUGGCUGAGCUGAGCGGAGCCGGAACGCCGGUAGCCGCCCCAGAAGCGGCAAUAUCCGGUGCGAUCUUGAUCAGGAAGUGGGAGGGAGGGCUCGUGGAAUACGGCAACUACGUCUUCCUCGACGUCGAGUGGUUUGCCACAGUUCUGGACCCUUUGUUUAGUCACAGGCGAGAUUCAUACGGCGACAUCGAUCUGGGUGGUAUUCGGGUGACCAACAUUGCAAGCUUGCGCCGGCUGGACAACGAACAUGUUUUCGAGCCGCAACUCGCUGAGGAGCUGUGGAGUCGAGAGCUCGCACCACACCUUCUCCUGGCGUUGAAGAGUGCAGGGCUCACGUUUCCCUUACCGAACGACCCCAAUGGGGGCCUGGUGAUCCUUCUGCGCAUGGACACAAAGUCCCCACCAGAGUAUAGUAUCAGGCGCGAGGAAGCAAACCAAGCGAGGAAGUACGACCUAACGCUUACAGUGGCAUGCUGGUUCAGUCUAGGUGUGCCCCCUGGUUUUGUCGAGCGUCUCCUAGCUCGGUGCUGCCGCCUGGGCGUUCCGUACCCCUUCUGGCGAUACGGGGCGCUGGUUGUGGGGAACGGUGCGGAAGAAGGGUUGUUCUCGCUGAGUUUAGACUACUCUGAGCACGACAACAUGCUGAAAGUGGAGGUUCUCGGAGGAGGUGGGGAGGUCCAUGCGUGGGCGGCCCUGUCGAAAGUUCUCUCGGUUAUGAUCAAGAUGCUCUCGGAGUUCCCUGGUUUACCGUGCGAGCCGAUCUUUUUCUGCCCACAGCACAAGACCAAGGGCAUGCCGGUCAGGACGACAGAUGCACCGGCUGGAUCUGGCCUGGUCGAGGAGAGCUACUUUUGUCCACUCUGCCAGGACCGUAAGGCGGGCAUUGACCUUCUGGCAGCUGCUCUUCAGGUUGUGGGAUUCUCGGACGAGGAGUUCUUCGACGAACCGCUCCGUCGGGAGUUUGCCGAGAAUGCAGAGAGGGUGACUCGUCAGGGUUGUGCUUCACAGCAUGGAAGCGACUCCGAGGUGGGGUACCUUGCACCACAUGCAGUUGGCACAAUGCAGGCGAUGAACCGGUCUACACAGACGGGCCUUCCACGGUCGUAUGAAGGCCUUCGUCCACGCCAUGAUGUGGUUUCGGGGACGCCGUGGUAUCAGGACGUGAAGACGUUCGUUGGCGCAGCCAGCGUGGCGUGCCUCACUGUCUUCGGGGUAUUCGCCUCCAAGGAAGAUGAGGACCCUCGUCUGUGGGGGGUGUUCCUCGGCGUUGGCAUGACAUUACUUGGCGUAGAGUUUUUGUUGAUUGCCAGAGAGCACAAGCUUUUGUGCUGCAAACCAAGGGAGGACGCGGCGAGUGCUGUGUAGACCCCGUUCUUGUCCGAACA